CUGGCGAGCAGAUCAACGUGCGUGACGCUGCGCUCAAGGCCUGUCUCUUGUCUCGGCAGGACGCCUUCCAGAUGAAUGAGAUGGCAAAGUGUGGGGCCGAAGGUGAACUACUUCAGAGGCGACUGGGUGUAAAGGAGCAGCAAAAUGGGGAGCUGGGAGAAGACUCGGGGCUCCCUGCGGAUGGCGGGAGACAGACGGACUCGGAUGAGCGCGAAGCCCUCGUGUUAUGGAAGAAACCUCUGCUCACGCUUCACUACUUCACUCUGGAACUGCUGAUCACCCUUAAAGGCUGGACAUGGAGGCUCUGGCAGCAGAGACAGACUGUGUUUGGCCUGCUGAUCCUGCUGAUCCUCCUCUCCAUUGCCUAUCGUAUUGAAGGAGCACACACAAAGUAUGUGUGCUACAUGGAGAAGAAGACGCUGUGGUGUGCCUACUGGGUUGGUCUGGGCAUCCUCUCCUCUGUGGGUCUUGGCACUGGCUUGCACACUUUCCUCCUUUAUCUGGGACCACACAUAGCAUCAGUGACCCUGGCAGCCUACGAGUGCGGCUCUGUGGAUUUCCCCGAGCCACCGUAUCCAGAACAAAUAGUUUGUCCCCAGCAGGAAGCACCAGCAUCAGAUUCUGGUGCUGAGCAGGUGGGUGUGGAAGUUGUGGGGUCAGAGACGCUCCAGGGAAAAGUCUCACUCUGGACCAUCCUCUCUAAAGUCCGUCUGGAAGCGUGUAUGUGGGGUGCGGGCACAGCCAUCGGAGAGCUCCCUCCGUACUUCAUGGCGCGAGCGGCUCGGCUGUCUGGCACUGAACCCGAUGAUGAGGAUUACCAGGAGUUUGAGGAAAUGCUGGACCAGGCAGAGGCCGCGCAGGACUUUUCAUCCCGGGCAAAAGUAGCCGUACAGAAACUGAUCCAGAGAGUGGGAUUCUUUGGGAUUUUAGCCUGUGCCUCUAUUCCCAAUCCCCUGUUUGACCUGGCAGGAAUAACAUGCGGACACUUUUUGGUCCCCUUCUGGACUUUUUUUGGUGCAACACUGAUCGGAAAGGCGCUCAUCAAAAUGCACAUUCAGAAACUGUUUGUGAUCAUCACCUUCAGUAAGCACAUAGUGGAGCAGAUGGUCUCCCUAAUCGGAGCUGUUCCACUGCUGGGUGCGGCACUGCAGAAGCCCUUCAGGGAGUACUUGGAGGCCCAGAAGGCCAAGCUGCACCAUCUCACUGGAGAGGGGAUCCCAGCUGAGGAGAGCUGGCUGUCGUGGCUCUUUGAGAAGGUUGUGGUCAUCAUGGUAUGCUUCUUUGUCUGCUCCAUUGUCAACUCCAUGGCUCAGAGCUACGCCAAGCGCAAACGGCAGGAGAAGUAUUCGGAGAGCAAGACGGAGUGAAGGCCAGCUCGAGAUCAAAUUGGUCCAUCACCUCCAGGCUGCUCCCACUCCUUUCCUCCUAUCUGCUUUUCCUCCUGGCUGAUCCCCCGCUGUGUAUUUAGGGAAAUAUGAGCCCCAUCUGGUUUCUCUCUUGUGGUAUUAGCGACUUGGACUUCUAUUUGCUUGUUUUCAAAAGCUUUGCAUUUGGUAGUGAUUUCUGUGAUAGUUCUCUGUAAGGUAGGUGUUUGCUGGGCUGCAUGUGAGCGCGUGGAAACUGCUGUGUUGUUUAAGCAUUAAUGUUGGUGCUUUUAGGAGCUCCACGUGAUAAUUCUCCCCAGUAGGCCUUAAGCUGCACUGUUUAUUCCACUAGUGUUUAUUCCACUGGAUUUGUGUAAUCUGAAUAAGCUAGCAUCGUUGGAAUCGUAUCUUAUAAAACCAGCACAGAGUUUUUUUUUUUUUUUUUUUUUUUUUUAUUUGGUUAAGAAACAAUGACUUAUUGUGUAUCUCUGCCAGGCUCAUAGGAAUCCUGUAUUUAUGCUGGACUGUAGCUCGGUGUCAGUCAAUGGUAGCUCUUCUUAUUUCUAUAUGUUGUUGAGCUCCAAGUUAAUUGUAGUAGAGAUGUUAAUAGAUGGUUCCAAUUGUAAAUGGUGCUUUAGACAACUACUUCUUCUGUGUGUACAGUAAAGCGCUCUGUAGUACUUUUGGAGAGAAAUGAUAAAUCAGCCAUGAAUCACCCGCUGGUCCCUUUGUCUGCCCUUAUUGUUCUGCUUCCAGGAAGAGAGCGCAUGACUCAGCCCGGGGCUACUUUACCAGAUGCAGCCGUAUAUUGAAUCAGAUCUACAACUGUGCGCGUGCCUGUGUGUGAGACUGAGAGCAAGACGGAGAUAGUAGGUCGUGUUGGCAUGGCUGCCACAUUUGUUGCUCUCCUUUUUUGUUUUUUUCUUAUCUUUUAUGGAUUAAAGCAGAUUGCGCUCCACUAAUAGCCUGGGAGUCUGCCUGGAAGUCGGAGCGAUAGCCGCUGAUCCCUCACACUUAGAGACAAUCUGUGUUAUGAUGUCAGAUGUUCUUCUUUGUCUUCUUUUUUUUAAAGCCCUCUUCUCCUGCACGAGGACGGCAGGCUCGUGUUUGAUAUUACGCGAGCAGCUCUUAAAGCAAAACCACUUCUAUCACAUUUUUCUCUUUUUUUCUUUUGCUCCCUGGAUAACGACAGUUGGCUCUCGGUGUCCGCAGUACCUUCCUUUUUUCAGUAAUUGCCAGUGAAAUGUGCUAUUUCUUCUCCCUCUCUGUACCGCUGUUGUGCUACGCUGGACUGAGCGCAGCGGGUGCUAGAGCAGGCACAAGCAGCGGGGGAAAAAAAACCCUCAAGUGCACAGUGAAAAGCGUCUGUGCCGUUACCUCAGCUGAACCCUCGAAUGAACUCGUUGCACUGCCCCAGUCACGGAGCCAGGAGACGAAUCACUCGAGUAGAUUCAAAACAGAGGGGCACUGUUGAGCGAGCUGAACCCUGCGCUCUGCACCGGCUCUGGUCGGAACAUUCACAUCUCCUCCUUUCUCCUGUCGGGGUAAGUAGGAUUAGGGCUCUUUCUCUUUUCUUUUUUUUUCCUCCCCCCCUUUCAUUGUUGUUGUUGUUUCUGUACAUGCAUACGUCUCAGGCAUGUCCGUCACACUCUCGGCCUGUCAGAUAGCUUAUCAGACUGGUGUUGGCUGUUAAGAUUGCAAGGCGACAACAGUCUGUAGGCUGUCUGACAUUUCGGGCUCUUUCAUCUGACCAGCAUCCUGUUUUGUCCUCCUUCUGUUAUUGUCAUUGUUUCAGUUAGCAUCAGUUCCCAUUUAGAGGUGUGUGCCACGAUGUCACUUCCCUUUAUCCCAACCGCUUGUGAAACGUCGGCGAUACGGGUCUGUUAUUUAUUUCCUCCGUGCUGACGUCUGUGAGGGUUUUUCUGUCGGUCUGUGUGAGGAACUGUGAAUUCACGUGUUUGCAAAUGCACACGUAAUGAUGUCAGCAAUGUACUUCUGUUUAUGUGCACUUCUGUGUGAGUGUUGGCUCUUUCCUCUUGAAUUUCCAGAGAAUCCAGACGGCGUACACCUUAUUGCAACACAUAUUGUGACACUCUGUGCUAGGUAUGGUACAUGCAGUGCUUACCCAGCUUUCCCCUUCCCUUUCACACUUCCCUGUUCUGUUUUACUGAGAACUUUCUUCUGUUGCUCAAUAUGUACUUUUUCUUUUGUAGCAAGCUGCAUUUUAUUGGAACAGCUCUUUGAGGGUGUUUUUUUUUUUUUUUUUUUUUUUUUUUUUCCAACAGCCACACAUCGGUAAUUACACAAAGCUGAAAAUCGUUGCUUGACCAGUGAAUGUUUGUGCUGCACAGACACAUUUUAUUUUAGGUUCGUCUUUUUCGAGAAUAGAGCAAAAGCUACAAACGUACUCCCGGUGAAGCAAAAUCACGCUGGAAUGGCUCGCUGGCUUAAAAAGUGCUUUUCUUGGCACGUUCAGCACGUCCUGUUCCAUAAGGGAGCCCCCUUUUGGCAUUACAGUGUGCGUGUGUGUCUGUGUGUGUGCGUGCGCGCAUGUUUGUCUAGAAAUUCUGCUUAUAUUUCUAUGUGUAAGUGCCUGUAUUUCUUGUUUAAUAUGUCUGUACCUGUGCUAUUUUUUUUAAAGCUGUAUACACUGUUUUUUUUUGUGUUCUACUUUUUCUAAAUAAAGUCUAUUAAAACGAG